AAUUCGGAAACGAAAAAGGAAAUCAUAUCAACAAAAUAAACGCUCCUUCAUUCCGCAACGCUCGCAGUUUCUGAUUUGAUUUCUCUCAUUUCAUUUCUAGGGUUCUUUCUGUCUCUCUCGUGCUUGGUUUUCUCUCUGCUCUACGUUUGUUUGCUCCGAGAAUGGCAAACCUGCCUCCUCCAAUUUCGCCGUCUCGCACCACUUGCGCUUCUCUACUCAACCAUUUGCAGAUAAUAUGGGAUGAAAUUGGUGAAAGUGAUAGCGAUAGAGACAAGAUGCUUCUUCAACUUGAGCAAGAAUGCCUUGAUAUUUACCGUCGAAAGGUUGAAGAAACAAGAAAGUACAAGGCUGACCUGUACCAGUCAUUAAGUGACGCAGAAGCUGAAAUCACCAAUAUUUUAUCUACCCUUGGGGAGAGUGCCUCAUUUUCACGGGGAAAAGGUACUCUUAAGGAGCAAAUAGCUAUGGUUAGACCUGUAUUAGAGGAGCUGAGGUCAAAGAAGCAGAUCCGAAUCAAAGAAUUUACAAAGAUACUGUUCCAGAUUUCUCAGAUCAGUGCUGAAAUAGCUGGGUGCAGCCCAUCCAACGAGGGCAAAAAACAGGAAGUUGAUGAUUUGACAGUAAAGAAGUUGGAGCAACUUAAGUCACAUCUUCAAGAACUUCAAAAUGAAAAGAUCUUGCGCCUACAGAGGGUGAAUAGCCAUAUCAGUACUAUUCAUGAGCUUUCAGUAGUAAUGUCGAUUGAUUUUUUGAAGACAUUGAAUGGAAUCCACCCUAGCUUGGGUGACUCGUCAGACAAUACACUAAAAAGCAUCAGCAAUGACACACUUGCCAGAUUAACUGAGGUUAUUCAUUCAUUAAAGCAGGAUAAGAAACAAAGGCUGCAAAAGCUCCAAGAGCUUGCUAGGUCCUUAAUAGAGCUGUGGAAUCUCAUGGAAAUACCAAUUGAUGAGCAAAAGGACUUUAGCCAUGUUUCUAGCUUAAUUCCAUUGUCAGUUGAUGAAGUGUCAAAACAAGGGUGUCUUUCUGUGGAUGUCAUUGAGCAGGCCGAGCUUGAAGUAGAGCGCUUGGAAAUUCUGAAAGGAAGUAAGCUAAAGGACUUGGUGUUUAAGAGGCAGAAUGAGCUAGAACAAAUUUACAGAGGAGUUCACAUGGAUGUGGAUAGUGUUAAGGCUAAACAGAUUCUGACUGACCUCAUAGAAUCUGGUAGUAUUAGUCUUUCUGAUUUGCUUCAGAGCAUGGAUGAUCAAAUCAGAAAAGCAAAAGAGGAAGCUCUAAGCAGGAAGGAUAUCUUGGAUAAGGUAGAGAAGUGGCACUUGGCUGCUGAGGAGGAAAAUUGGCUAGAUGAAUAUGAAAGGGAUGAAAAUCGAUAUAGUGCGGUAAGAGGAGCACACAAAAACUUGAAACGUGCAGAAAAGGCUCGGACCCUAGUAAGCAAAAUACCAUCUAUAGUCGAGAAUUUGACUGCAAAAGUAAAGGCCUGGGAGGCGGAAAAAGGAAUACCUUUCUUAUAUGACAAGGUUCCGUUGCUGCAAAGCUUGAAUGACUUUAAUUUGCAGAGGCAACAUAGAGAAGAAGAGAAGCGCAAAUCUCGGGAGCUGAGACGACAACAAGAACAACUUGCUGUAGAACAAGAGGGACUCUAUGGUUCGAAGUCUACAACAAAGAAACCCUUCGGUCAGAAUAAUAAUAGUAACAACAUAACUGGGACACCCAUUGGGCGCCGGAUGCUCACUCCUUCAAGCCGUUAUGGUUCCUUGAGCGCCAAGGAACGUAGAGAAAGUGGUAGGGUCAAUAAAGUGGCUCCAGUGAACUAUGUUGCUCUUCAGAAGGAUGAUUCUAUUGCCGGGAACAACUAAUGAUUCUUUUACAUGGUUACGCUGGCGGAAUAUUUUGUAAAUCAUUAAUCUUUGUAAAUGGUCACAUCCUAUAGGCUCUUCUCUAUGAAACUGCUCUUUAUCUUCUUAUAUACGUGAGGACAUGGAUUGUUGAUAUCGUUAUAUGGCGUAAUCUACAUAAAAGAUCACACAGGUCUUUUUGAAUCAUAAAGAAUGACAUUAUUGGGGCUUGAUUCUAGUAUAAUAUAUGUCUAUUCAGUCAA